AUGGCCACAUUCAAAGUACCCGAUCUCAGCAAUCCAGAGAUAAGAGCUCGACUGCCUCCUAGUCAGCACAAAGAAGUCGCUGUUAUGCUUCUGCAAGGAUGUGCGCAAGCUGGGGAUCCUCUCGCGAUCGUACACAUCCUGACUGUCGUCUACCUUGGCAGUUUGGGCAACCAGCCCGCUCAAGAGAUUAAAGAUAUCGCCCAAUACCGCCAGCUGCUCGACACGAUUGACUUGCAGACCUUGGAAAAGACUCCAACUCUAGUAGUUGAAGUUUUGACUCUAAGAGGACUCUUCCUUGAGCAAGCAGGACAGAAGCAAGAGGCCAUAAAAGCAUACCAAGAAGCCAUCAAGCCUUCAACUCUUAAUGAUCAAACUGGAAGGCCAUUAACGCAUGCGAUGCAAUUUCCCCUUAUAGCACCCUGGAAUGCGCUCGGUUAUCUACUCAAGGCAGACAAAGAUCCGAAAGUACAGGCAGAAGCCCAGUCAUAUUUCCAGAAAGGCGCUCUCGAAGGUGAUGAUCCGCUUUCAUACUACGAACUCGCAGCCUAUGAGCCGAAAACAAGCGAAAAGUGGUUGCGGUAUACGAGCAAAGCAGCAGCAUCCGGUCACAGACAAGCCAUACUGGACCUCACUGGCUUCUAUCAAGAAGUGGCAGCAUCGAACUCGUCUGUUUUAGAAAACGGUAGCAUACGACAUGCGCUCAACUGGUUACUGACCUGGAGACGCGGAAGCGCCGCGAAGCUUGCGCGAGAGUGGUUACAUGUGGCGUCUGUCGUUGGACACAAACCUUCCAUGUUACAACUUGCGGAGUAUCACAAGUCUAUUGGUCAUGAAGAAGAAUACAGGAAUUAUUUGCGUAUGAUAGUCGACUCUGACAGCGCGGCCCUUUACAAAGAAGAGGCACCACAGCUUGUGCAAGUUGCGAGGUUGCGGCUUGCGGGAACCCGGUAA